AGCUCCCUCUUCCCCUUUGCUCUUUCUACCUUGCACAUUUCAGCCACUAAACAAUUUGGAACCAUGAAGUGGGUAAUAUUCAUUUCUUGUCUUUUCUUGGUAAGUUCUGCUGACUCCAGAUACCCACCCAGAAGAGUCCGGGAUGCAGGGCAUGUUGAAGACACUCUCAACAGCUGCAAAGAACUACCACUCACCGAAUUUGCAGGCUUGGCCCUUCUCUUGUUUUCUCAGUAUGCUCAGACAGCCACUCUGGAUGAAGUGAAUAAACUAGUGGAAGAUCUCACAGAGCUUAAAAAGAAAUGUGAUGCUGAUGGACAUUCAGACCCAAAAUGUGAAAUGCUUUUGCACACUCUUUUCCUGGAUGAACUUUGCCAUGAAGAAGGUUUUGCUGCAAAGUACGGAUUUACUGACUGCUGUGCUAAAGCUGAUCCAGAGAGAAAUGAAUGUAUCAUAUCCCAUAAAAAUGAGACUCCAGGAUUCAUUCCUCCAUAUCAAAGACCAGAGCCAGAGGAAGUCUGCAAAGCAUUUGAGGAUGACGGAGAUCAGGUGCUGGCUCGAUACUUUUAUGAGAUCGCUAGAAGGAGUCCUUUCACGAAUGUUAACACACUCUCUGAGUCAGUUGAUCAAUAUGAUGAGAUGCUGAGGACAUGCUGCAAGGAAGCUGACAAGGCUGCAUGCUUUGGCGAAAAGGCAAGAGCUAUCAAAAAACAGACAAAAGAAGCCAUUCUUCAACAGCAGGUUAUUUGUUCACUCCGGGAGAAGUUUGGACACAAACUUAUAGAGACUGGCAAACUUGCUCAGCUGAGCCAGAUGUUUCCCAGGGCUGACUUUGCUACCCUUUCCAAGAUUGCACAUGAUAUCACACAUAUGCAUGAACAACGUUGCCAUGGAGAUACGAUGCAAAGUUUGCUUGAUUCGGGAAGACUGUCAGACUAUAUCUGUGUCCACAAAGAGACACUAUCAACUAAACUUGAUGACUGCUGUGGAAGAUCAGAACUGGACCGACUGGAAUGCCUUCCACAUGUAGAAAAUGAUGACAAGCCUGCAGAUUUGUCUCCAUCGACUAAGGGGUUUUUAACAAAAGAAGCAUGCCAACACUAUGCUGAGAACCAGACUGUUCAAGUGGAAAAGUUCAUAUACGAGAAUGGAAGGAGACACCCUGAAUAUUCUCCACAACUGCUUCUGAGAUAUGGCAUAGGGUACAAGGAUUUCAUGGACCAGGCCUGCACAAAGGAGCAUCCUGAAGAGUCUCUUUCUCUUAUGGAGGAGGCUUUACAAAACCACACUGCAAAAACCUGGGAAAUUAUAAAGGGCGGCUGCAAUAUCCGUGACCAACGGAAAGACUUUUCCCAUAAUGACCUUCUUGUCCAAUUCACCAAGAAAGCUCCCCAGCUUUCAUUUGAUGAUCUGUACAAGUACACGAAGAAAUUUGAUGAGAUUGGAGACAAGUGUUGCUACUUGAAUGACAGCAAAAGUCUCGUGUGUAUUGAGGGGCAAGUAUUUGGUGUGCUGGGAGCUUUUUGUCUGCAACAUGAACAACAUCCCAUAAAUGCCCAAGUUGGCCGUUGCUGCGAUAUGCCCUAUGCUUUAUGGAUGAUGUGCGUCCACGACCUGGAAGUUGAUCCAAAAUAUACUCCUGUCCCAUUUGCUCCUGAAUUCCAUCACGAUUUGUGCUCAGCCAAUGAAGAAGACCAGAAAAAGAAGACUCAAAUGCUCCUUGUCAACUUGGUUAAGCACAAGCCCGACAUUUCAGAGGAGCAACGACAGACAAUUGGCACAGAUUUUACUGCCAUGCAGCAGAAAUGCUGCCAUGCUGAGAACCAUGAGGAAUGCUUUCAAGCUGAGGGUCCAAAAUUGGUGGAACGGGCUAAAGCUACUUUGGGAGAGCAUUAAACAUCUCAGGUCCCAAAUGGAAGAAUUAUCAACGUAGAGUCCAAACAUGCCUUGGUGCCCUUGGAUGCUUGCUUUCCUGUAAAAUGCUAACAAUUGAUGCCAAUGAAUCAUUUGACUCUCCUUCAACUCUCAUGAAAUUGUUAAAGUUGUUAUUAAAUAAAAUCUUUGAAUAAAAUC